CUGUACUGUGUACAUCUAUUCAUUCCUCUUAACCCGAACGCGCCAAAUUCUGUGCUGGCCGCAUAGCGGUCUCAAGAGUCACGUACUCUCACUUGCAACUCGGACCGGAGACCACGCCUCAAUUGCUCUCAAUUGCUGCCAUUUCACCCCUGCAGACGCCAUUCCUGUCCGAUGCGUGAACGGCACUGCUGAAUUGUUUUCAUAGCACAGAAAGAUGGCCGCCCAAGAGCGAUCGGAAUCAACGGAUGCCGUGCUGGACGGCCUCCUCCAGCAGCUGACCAGCGAUUUCGAAAAAUUUACAUCGCACAUUGCCGAUCGACAGUGUACCGAACGAUCAGCAUUUGAGCAGCAAAUGUCCACCCUUCGGAACGAGAAAGAAACGCGACAAGGACAGAGAAAAGCCAUACAGGAAAAGAUAAAGAGCCUUCAGGAGGAGCUGCAGGACCUCGACCGCCAGGAUGAUAUGGACAACAACAAAGCGAUACAAUUGCAGAGCGAAUACAAUGCCGUGAAAAGGAGGUGGGAACAGACCCAACAGGAAUGGAAAGCCCGACUAUCGGCGGCGGUUCCGCCCAUGGAACGGAUCCCACCCAGCUCCUCGCCCGAAGUUCACGGCGCCAACGGCCCGCAAGAUUCCCCUGCUACGCCGAGUCGCGCGCAGGGCGAGAUAGAGUCGCACAGUCAGGUACGACAAGACCUGCGAAUCGGGACCUCCCGUGCCGCUGAGUCCCUAUCUUUAGCACCUAGCAAGCCUGGAGUACUAAGGCAUCCGGAGCCGGUGCUCGCCGCCACCAACCAACAGAGCUCUGACGGCGUGCCCAAUGUUCGGCGCACUCAGAGGAAGCGAGAUUCCAACGAGCGCGACGGCGGCGAUCGACGGCCUGCCAAUCACCCACGGAAGAAAGCUAGGAAUGACGAGAGGGCCAUUGACUUUAACGACGUUUAUCAAAACGGGAACGCCGAGCAUAAGCACGCCAUCAUUGAGUACCCAUCGGGCAGCGACAGAUGGUACAUUCUUCGCUGCGACCUGCACUGUCAUUUCGGGAGCAAUCCGCUUCAGGGGGCAAUGGAAUACUUGAAUGGGAAGCGCCACGGUAACCUCCCCAAAAAUAGCGCCACUGCCAUUGAGAAACUCGGCAUUCGUGUUCGAGAUUGCGAUGCACGGAAGGCGAGACGCAACAAUCUUGCGUUCAACCUUGCUUUGGAUGCCGGAUAUCAACCAUUCAGAGUCAAGCCGGCCCAUCUGAGUCGCCCUGAGACGGGCGAGCAGCCGGGAUCGGCACCCAAUAAAGUCAGCCAUGAUCACCGGCCUACCAUAAAAAAGCAGGGGAGAUUUGAGGGGAUUACCAACCCGGCCGUGGGUGAGCUCUACCGGGUACUGUAUGAAAGUGCUUAUCACGCCGUCCUCAUGCUGCCCACUGGAAGUUUCGAGUCGGUGGGGAUGGUUGGCAGCAUUGCCGAGACGGGGCUCGCUGGUUACAUACCUAGAUGCUACCGUUCUGACAGGCAAUCAAAAACGAUCCACGGGUGGGCGGACGACUACAAAGACGACGGACCCCUCAUUCACCGGCGGAAGUUCCCCGUGAUGUAUCUCGACGGUCUGGACGUACCCCUGGAUGGAGAGUUUGGAAUCCCCGAAGGGAAUCUGUUCUCGUGGGUACCCGCCAGGGAUUUGAGGCGCUUUAGCUUAGACGACCCCGAAUGCCGGAGCGUUUGUGGUUUCGGAGCUGCCCGGUCUUUCCGUUGGAGGAUGGAGAAAAUGGCGGACGCACAGCGUCACGGGAGCCACGGUCUGUUGCUCGUACGAACCGAGAAGUCUAUGCCGUCCUGAUGCUGACCGGGCAGUGAUGAACAGCGGACGCGUCUUUCAGGGCUCGCUACGCUAGUGGUCAACACGUACAGUACAAUGUUCGGGCGCAAGACGCGCAUGGGCUUACA